AUUUGGAAGCACAGUUGGCUACAAAUAGAAAAGUUUUUUUUUUGGAAUUGUCCACUUAUAUAUAACAACAGUUAUUUGUUAUUAUUAUUAGAGAGCAAAUAUAUAAUUUCAAACAAAGAAGAGAGAUAUUUCAGUUUGCUUUCUUCAUAUUCAUAUAUUUUGUGAGUAUUUAAUACGAAAGAAAUAAAGAUGGGAUACUGGAAAGCAAAGGUUCUUCCAAAGAUCAAGCAGAUCUUUGAUAAAAAUGGACCCAAGAAAACUGCUGCUGCUGAGGCAUGCAAGACUUUUGAUCAAGCUAAGGAGGAAUAUAGCAAGGAGUUUGAAGAGAAGAAGACUGAGCUUCAACCCAAAGUUGUUGAAAUUUAUGAAGCUGCUGCAGUUGAGAUCAAGAGCUUAGUGAAGGAACCAAAGGGUGCAGGGCUGAAGAAAAACUCAGAUGGGGUUCAGAAAUUCCUUGAUGACCUUGUCAAGAUUGAAUUUCCGGGAUCAAAAGCAGUUAGCGAAGCAAGUUCAAACUUUGGGCCUUCCUAUGUAUCGGGCCCAAUUCUUUUUGUGUUCGAAAAAGUUUCCACUUUUAUAGUCACAGAAGAUAAGAAGGAAGAGGAACCCGCAGCUGCUGAUGUGGCAACUGAUGACGUGCAUGCACCAGCCGCCACGUCAGCUGAAGAGGUGGAGGUGAAGGUGAAGGAGAAGGAGAUAGUUAUUGAGGCUGGAGAACCAAACAAGGAAGAAGCACCUGCUACUGUUGUUGCUGACGUGGCCAAAGUGGAACCACCUGCUGACGUGGCACCUGCAACUAAGGUGGAAGAAGCACCAAAGGUGAUUUAAUGAAUAUGAAGACCAUCGAAUAUAUGUAUACGUCUUUUCCGUCUAAAAAUUUGCAUCUUUAUCUUUUUUUUUUAAUGUGUCUAUUGUUAUUUACUGUGAGAAAGAAGACACAAACUUGAUUUAUUAUUCUUUUGUUAGUGUUCUCUCCUUGUUUAUUUUCUUUGUACAAUAUUAUCUCAUCAACAAAGUCUUGUGUAUUUUUAUUGA